CGGCGACGAGGAGAUUACGUGAUGGAGAUGAUCAAGGACCUCACCUGCCCCAUCUGCCUGGAGUUCUUCGCUCAUCCAAUCAUCUUGCCAUGCAGUCACGUGCUCUGCCGACGCCCAUGCGCAGAAAAUCUGUUUGAUGUGAACUUCAUCCGAUGUCCUGUAUGCAGGGACAACUGCUACAUCAGCGGAGGAAUCUCCAGCUUGCCGCGAGUGAUCGCCCUAGAGAGCAUCAUAGAAACAGUUCGUGCCGAGAGAAAAGCAAGAACUACCGGCACCUCAGCAGCCAAUCACGACAACCCUUCUAGUCACAAGGUCUCUGACAACACAUCCACAAACAAGUCCCCGCCAUACUUCUUGUCAACAUCCACGUCUUCCGUUUCCAGCAGUGUCUCUCCUGAUCAGCUGAGCUCUAGAUCAACGCCUGAACUCGCCACGCCCUCCUCAGUGAUAGCCCCGCCCCUUUCACAGCACAGGCUCCUCCCACCUGUCCCCACAGUCUCUCUGGAAGACAUGCUUGCGAGGACAGCUGCUUACUCGUCCAACCGACAGCGAGUUUCUCCACCUGCAGAUUUCAGUAGUGAAAGAAACAAUUCUGAGCACUCAGUUGGAAAUAACAGUACACAGCCGUUACUCCCUUUGCGUUUUGAACAGGGAACCCAGUCAGAAAACAGAAUACAGACAGAAGAUGGUGAACAGCUUUUCCGUACCAUCACUAGACCGGCCUUGCCUUCUGAACUGGCCAAUCAGAAUUUACAAGACUGCAGUAUAGCACCGCGGAGUUUUGAACAAACUCAGAUAAGAUCUAGUCACAUUACAAGAAGUCUCGUAUCCAGGCCCAGUGCAAGUUGCACGCGUGAGAUCCAGGAGCAGUUACAGAGGUUGUGCGACGCUCAGUGUCAGCUGUUGCUGCACCUCACCUCGUACAAGGAUAAGGCGGACUUACUGCAGGAGAGAUACUACGCCACCCUCUCCUUAGACGCCCCAAACCCCACCCCUUCCACCAACAAUGAUGGCCAAGUCGUCGUCAUUGAUAACCUAUGCAGGAUGACACACUACUACUUCAGCGCAUGCGCACUGAAUGCAGAGGGGCGGAGUCAAAGCAGCGAGUUUGUCCAGUGUAUGACCAUUGGUCAACAAGAGACCGUGGUACCAGUUCCUGUGAUAUUAGAAAACCAGUGCCAAACCGGCAACACCUCUGCUGUCGUCUGCUGCCCCAGCACAACAGCUGUAACUGCCUGCCAGGGCGUGGCUCACUUCCUGCUGUAUCGGCCCGGGGGCGGGGCGGGGGUGUGGCAUAGGCGAGAACUCAGCGCCAAUGAGGAGAAACAUAGUGCGACGAGGCUCCGCCCAGGAACGGAAUACGACUUUGCUGUGAUGGCGUGCAACUCCAGAGGGGAGUGCCAGAUGUCGGAAAAAGUCGUUUUGGAGACAAAACAGUGACGUAGACUACGGUAGACGGAAGUACAGUUGUUGAAGAAACUCGUGACACAUAGUCAUUUUACAGGGGGUUUUUUGUUUUAGUAGAGGUUUUACGGUGCUCCCAACUGCAUAUUAAGG